UUCCUCAGACACACCUUCUGGCAAUAUCGUAAGGAGAACCCUCAGACCAGAGUAGGUGAGCCUCCUCCUGAUGGCCUCCCUGGCUUUAACAGCGGCGUCAUAUUAUUGGACCUCGGUGCAAUGAGGGCUUCGGCUCUCUACAACCAACUGUUGGAGCCUAGAAAUGUGGCCAAACUAGCAGACCAGUAUCGCUUCAGGGGGCACCUAGGUGACCAGGACUUCUUCACCAUGAUCGGCAUGGAGCAUCCUGAACUGUUUCAUUCCCUGGCCUGUGGGUGGAACCGGCAGCUGUGCACCUGGUGGAGGGACCACGGAUAUGGAGAUGUGUUUCAAUUGUAUUAUCACUGUAGUGGACCCGUCUAUAUUUACCAUGGGAACUGUAACUCCCCUAUACCAGAUGACUAAUGUGUGUACUGGACUGAUGCUGGAAACUGAAAAGGAGUCUUAUCACAUCUACAAUAUAGUUGGAGGGAGGAUGGCAGUUUCCUUCCUUCCUUCUUGAACACUGUACUACCUAUGUAGUCACAGACUCCUGCCCCCUGCUGGUCAAGGGGCUACUGAAGGGGGGAGAAGCUGCAAUAGUGGGGCAUAUUUCUUCAGGUACCCAGAUGAUGGAAAAGAAGAAAACUGAUCAAUGGAGUUCAAUUUCAUCAACAAAUCCAUUAAUUUGAAGGUAGUAGAAAUACGCUGUUGACUUUCCAAAGUAAUCCACCAGGAACGUGUUCUCAUCUGUGUAAUUGGCCAACACAGCGACUUGCUGGAUGAUGUACCUUUACAUUGGGGUAAUAGAUCAACUUUUUUGCAGGUGCCCUCUGUGUGGCAAACCUAGCUGCAUCAGCGUUGAUCUCAUUCAAACAAAGGGGAAUAUUGUCAGAAUGAAUGAGGCCAUCAUUCAUUGUUGAUGUCACUGUCAAGUAAUUUACUUUUCAUUUGCUUAUAUAUUCAUUGAUUUCAAUAAAUGUUAGUAUUCGUUUUGAGGAGUAUCUAAAAGAUCACUAUCCAUUACACAAAGUGGAAUAAGCGACUUUUUUUGAGUUGGUAAUUCACAGGGAAAUCAUAUGGCUAAGAAAUGUUGCCUGCAAUGAGUUUUAUAGGGUCAGCAAAAUAUGUUAAUUGGCAUCUAUGAACAGAACUUCCCUCCCUCUGCUCACUCUGUCUCCAGCGCCUCAAGUUUUCCAUCAGUGACCCAAAUUCACUCUGCGUCGCCGUAACUACCUUCAACACCACAACAGGUGAGGCUAAUCUGGUGCCAUUUACAUCCCUUGUAGAAGAAAGGGAGGGGUUUGUUUACCACAAGUGCACUGCCAUCUUUACUGAGCCACGUGGGCGCUGGGCAAAACACACUGUCACAGUUCCUUUCAAACAUCUUUCUGUAGGUAGGAAGACGGGGGAAGAAAAUCACAUUAGAGGGUGGAGGAGGCAUCUGGGAGAUAGUGGUUAACAGUGAUGGCACUGAUAGCUAUUGUUCGCGCCCCGCAUUUGCAGUUUAGCUGAGGCCAAACACAAACCCACAUCAGCCAAACACACACGUCUAGAAGGAGCGGAGCAGCCGGGAACGUGACUGCAGACGCUGACCCAGUUUUGAGUUUUCUUGCCGUGCUCACUAAACUGACAGUCGGAUUCAAAGAAAUGUCAACGCUCAAUAUUCAUCAGUCAGGAAAUUGUCUGAGGUGAUGCGCACUUUAACACGCACGUAUAUACGGUGAGAGUGAAGCAGCUGAAUGCCAUGCACCAUCAGCGGAGUCACAGAAAGGCUACUGAAGACGCUUGAGAAUAAACAUUAUGCCAAAUCAAUACGCUUCCCUUGAAUUCACCCUGGCACUGAUCAAUAUUCUCUCUACCUCUUUCAGAACAAUACUGUUUAGUCUCAAUAGAUCCAAAUUGUUAGCAAGAAGAACCAUUGAAUCACAGUAAACACUGAAAGAAUACUUCCAUUCUCUGUUAUUGCUUGCACUUUACAACUUCAAAACACAUGCUUUAUCAUCAAGGGUUUUGUUGACUAGACGAUGGUUAGAUUUAUUUUACUGCGUUUAUUAUUAUUGGUUCCUUGUUUUUAAAGAGCAUACCAAUGACUUUGUACAUUUUAGCCCAUUAACUUUACUUUCAUAUUUGUCAUUUUUGAUUGAUGUCCUAUUCUUUAGGCUGCAAUUUUCUUUCAGUCCUUUAUUAAAAUUGCAAAGACUAAACGUUGCUUGAGACUGGUAAUCCAUCACAGUGAGAAUUGUUUUCCUUUUUGUCAGUACAUUAUUAUGUAGUAUUGCAGAUGCAAGUGGUACAUUUCAGUAUUCUUCAUAGUGGUGCAUUAUCACAGAAAGGAUAAUUAUCUGCUGAACAACAUUGCAUCUGUAACUAUGUUGAAAAAUCUUAUCCAGAAAUAAAAACAGUAUGCAGACAUGGA